AUAUCUCAUCUAUCUACGGUGACUUUUCAUUUACUAACAGUACAUUGGUUGAUGAAGAGAAGAGAAGAGAAGAGAAGAGAAGAGAAGAGAAGAGGAUAGGAAUAAUCAAUAGGAAAAAGCAAUUGAAAUGGCGACGCCACCGCCAGCAGUUAAAGUGUACGGACCAGCUUUGUCCACCGCCGUUUCAAGAGUGCUGGCAUGUCUCAACGAGAAAGACAUCCCAUUUCAACUCAUCCCUCUCAACAUGUCCAAAGGAGAACACAAAAACCCUCAUUUCCUCAAAAUCCAUCCCUUUGGUCAAGUACCUGCAUUUCAAGAUGACCACAUUUCUCUGUUUGAGUCGAGAGCGAUAUGCCGGUACGUUUGCGAGAAACACGGAGGAGAGAAAGGAAACAAACAACUGUACGGUACCAAUCCACUUGCAAAGGCUUCCAUAGAUCAAUGGUUGGAGGCUGAAGGACAGAGCUUCAAUCCACCAUCUUCAACUCUGGUGUUUCAGCUAGCAUUCGCUCCUCGAAUGAAGAUCAAGCAAGACGAAGGAGCAAUCAGACAGAAUAAAGAAAAGCUUAAGAAAGUGCUUGAUGUGUACGAUAAGAGGCUUGCUGAAACUCGCUACUUGGCCGGUGAUGAAUUCACACUCGCUGACCUUUCCCAUCUUCCCAAUAUUCAUUACUUGGUCUCUUCUUCUGAUCAUGAAGACACGGCUGCUCUGUUUACUUCUGAGAGAGAAAACGUGUCCAGGUGGUGGACGGAGAUCUCCACGCGUCAGUCAUGGAAGAAUGUCAUCGAUUUGUACCCAAAACCUUGAUUCAUUCACUCACUCACUCACACUUCCUUCAGAUUAAUUAAUAAUUACUAGUACUGUACUAGUAUAUGCUUGCUUUCUGUGAUUUUGUUUUCCAUUUCUGCUGCUGUCAUUGUUAACACGGCUCUUUUAAUUUGUAUUUGCAUGUUGGAAAUUUAUAUUUCAGUCAUGUUUGGAUGCUAAA